CCACCGAGAUCCGGUCCGGAGACUUAAAUGCCAUCACUUGUCCAGAGAGAGAUGUGAAUCUUUAAAGUUCAUCAGGAGGGAAGGUCAAAGGCACCCCAGACAGAGAAGAUGCCUUUAGAGGAGCGUACAAGGAUGGCGUCUCUAGGUGCCCCUGUUUGGACUGCUCUCGACGAUUGGAUACGUUCCAGAACGGACUUGGGGGAACAGACGUCAACAGGGAAGGUUCCGGAAAGAGAACAAAACGUUACUUGUGUCACAGAAGACCGUUCCAGUGUGGAUACCAGAGACUGUGGGAAGGUAAAUGUUGCCACCCCCCGUGGUGGUGGCGCUGAAAUGGAGGUGCAACGCCGGCGCUUCCGGCAGUUCCACUUCCACGAGGCGCAGGGCCCGCAGAGUGCUUACGUCCAGCUCCAGAAGCGUUGCCAAGCAUGGCUGAAGCCAGAGACCCGGACAAAGGGGGAGAUUCUGGACUUGCUGAUCCUGGAGCACUUUCUGGCCAUCCUUCCCGGGGAGAUGCAGAGCUGGGUCAGGGAAUGUGAGCCAGAGACCUGCGCCCAGGCAGUGACUGCCGCAGAGGAUUUUGUGCUGAUUCUGGAAAAGCAGGGUCUGGUGACUUUUGAGGAGGUGGCCGUGCACUUCACCCAGGAAGAAUGGGACCUCCUGGAUCUUCAUCAAAGAGCUCUACAUCGGGAAAUCAUGCAGGAGAACUAUGCAAACGUCACAUCCUUGGCAGUUCACGGGUACCGGAGUGGGGGCAAAGAGAAAAGUGAUCGACGGGAAAUUUGUGACCCAGUAGAACCGAACAGGACAUCCCGAAGGCGGUUGGCAGGGUAUACUUCCUGGGCUCAGGGCGAGGGAAAAGCCUCCAAGAAUCAGCGCAGCCCAAAGAGGCAACCAAAAGCCCAGCCAAAAGAUGGACGAAAGAAGCAAAGGAACCCCACCAGGAAAAGGAGGAGUAAAUUGAUUCCUGGUGCGGCAAACAUGAUCCUUGGGGAAAGCCCGCCAGAUCCCAAAGGAGAGGCGUGCACUAUGCCCAAGGAAGGCCGCAGAGAGAAAUCAGGCCUUCCCAAACCCAAAAGAAUCUACAAUCAGGAGACACCGUUUCAAUGUGCCGACUGCGGAAAGCGCUUGAGCCGCAAGGACCACCUCAUGCGGCAUCAGCGGCUUCACAAACAAGAGAAGCCGCACAAGUGCUCUUACUGUGGGAAAGCCUUCAGCCAGAGUUCGCGCCUGAUUGCCCAUGGGAGAACUCACACUGGGGAGAAACCCUACGAGUGCCCACAGUGCGGGAAGCAGUUCCGUACAUGUACAGGUCUCGUUCAUCACCGAAGGGUCCAUGUGGGUGAAAAGCUUUACAGUUGCUGUUACUGUGGGAAAAGCUUCUGUCAGAAAUCCCGCCUUAUGAUGCAUGAGAGAAGCCAUGUCGAAGGGAGGCCUUAUAACUGCUCCAUCUGUGGGAAGAGCUUCACUAGCAAUUCUGAGAUCACUCGGCAUGAAAGGACUCACACAGGGGAAAAACCGUUUAAAUGCUCCUUCUGUGGAAAAACCUUUACUCAGAGUUCCCACCGCAUUGCACACGAGAGAUCCCACACGGGGGACAACCCCUAUAAGUGUCCUGUCUGCGGUAAACGCUUCAGUUGUAAUUCGCACCUUAUUGUACAUGAGAGAAUCCACACCGGGGAGAAACCGUUUAAAUGUUCUGCGUGUGGGAAGAGCUUUGGUUCUAAAUCGCACCUUAUUGUACAUGAAAGAAUCCACACUGGGGAGAAACCAUACAAAUGCUCAACCUGUGAGAAGGGCUUCACUUGCAAAUCAUACCUAAUUCUUCAUGAAAGGACCCAUACUGGGGAGAAACCACACAAGUGCUCUGUCUGUGGAAAGAGCUUUGGCCGUAAUGCAGACCGUGUUAUACAUCAAAGAACCCACACAGGGGAGAAACCGUACCAGUGCUCAGCCUGCGGGAAAACUUUCAGGGACAAGUCACAUCUGAUUCGGCACGAAAGAAUCCACACAGGGGAGAAACCGUUUAGUUGCUCCAUCUGUGGGAAGAGUUUCAGUUGCAAUUCGUAUCUCGUUGUACAUGAGAGAAUCCACACAGGGGAGAAACCUUAUACUUGUUCUGUCUGUGGGAAGAGCUUCAGUUGCAAUUCGUACCUCCUCAGACACAGAAGGAUGCAUACAGGGGACAGGCCGUAUAAGUGCCCCGUGUGUGGAAAGAGGUUCACUUGCAGUUCCAACCUUAUUCUGCACAAACGGACCCACACCGGUGAGAGGCCGUACAAAUGUUCCUCCUGCCCCAAGACCUUCCGUCAGCGGUCACACCUUAUUUUUCACGAAAGAAUCCACACCAAGGAGAAGCCGUUUAAGUGCUCGGUCUGUGGGAAGAGCUUUGGCCGCAAUGCUCAGCUUAUUCAGCACAAGAGGAGCCACACGGGAGAGAAGCUCUACAAGUGCUCAGUCUGCGGGAAGAGGUUCAGUUGCAUGUCAUACCUUAUUCAGCAUGCGAGGAUCCACCAGCGGGACAAGCCGUACAAGUGCUUGGACUGUGGGAAGAGCUUCCGCCGGAGUGCAGAGCUUUCUUCGCACCAGAGAAUCCACACAGGGGAGAAGCCGUAUCAGUGUUUCGAGUGUGGAAAGACCUUCAGCUGGAGUGCGGGCCUUACUUCACAUCAGAGAACUCAUACGGGGGAAAAACCUUAUAAAUGUUCUGCCUGUGGGAAAAGCUUCAGUCGUAAGCGGCUCCUCCUUAUGCACAGUAGAAUACAUUUUGGGGAGAAGCCCUUUAAGUGCUCUGACUGUGGGGAGAGCUUCAGUUCUAAUUCCCAUCUUAUCAGCCAUGAAAAAACCCAUGCAGUGGAAACUAUGUAAACUGAUGCUACCUACCUGUCGCUGUGUGAUCUCUUGUCUGGUUGCUGUUACCCAGGGAAAAGAAACCUUUGCUGAUUGGUCAGAAGGGUUUUCUGGUCACCUCAGAACUAAUGUCAGAGCAUCCUUGGAAAACUACUGCAGUGGCCUAACUUGCAAGAAUAAGAGAAUAUCCCCCAAAGGAGUUUAAAAGCAAACUACCCAGGAAUACUUAACUGUCCUGGAUUGGUAUAAUCGAGUUCUUUCUACAACUGACAGGGAUGGGCAACCUGCGGCUCUGUUCCUCAUUUUGUGUUGCCUUUGAUCUGAUUUCAUGCAUGUUGUGAGGAGGGGGAGAAAGGGAAGGGGGUGACAGAGAGAGAGAGCAAAUGGGUGCCAUAAAAUGAGAGAGAGCUAGAGUGAAAAGGGAUGCCACACCCACUUUUGGUCAGAGCUUGGAAAAGUUACUUUUUUGAACUACAACUCCCAUCAGCCCAAUCCAGUGGCCAUGCUGGCUGGGGCUGAUGGGAGCUGUAGUUCAAAAGAGUAACUUUUCCAAGCUCUGCUUUUGGUUCUGGCUCUGCUUACUUUUGGCUUCGGCCCUGCCCACCACUGGCUCCAGCCUCCACUCACUGCUGGCAUGUGGCUCACAACAGAUUAGCCCUGGGGGAAUGCAGCCCUCCACAGAAAAAAAAAAGUUUUCUACCCCUGUUCUACCAGAAAGUUAUUUUCCCAUCUUGGGGAGAAGCGAUAGGUCAUUCGUAGAAUACCUGCUUUGCAUUUAGAAGCUCCCAGGUUCCAUCCUCGCUGCCUCUAAGUAAAAGGAUCUUGUAGCAGGUGUCCUCGGAUUAAGGCUGCCAUCAUGGCCUUGCUGAGCUAGCAGUAAGCCCUGUUGAACUUGAUGGGACUUGACUUAUGAGUAGGCAAGUAGAGGAUUGCGCUGGAAAUCUCUCAAUUUGUGCUUGACAAAAACCAGCAAUAAUCGUUCUAAGGAAGCAAAAUCACAGUUCCCUUUGUUUUUAAAAGUUUGUUUGAAGAAGUUUUCCUCCUAAUCCUCGUUUAAUCUGCAUGACGUUUUGGGAGGUUUGAUUGACCAUUGAAUGGUUUAAAACAAAUGGGAUUGAUCAACCAGGGCUGUGGAGUCGGUACGCCAGACCUUUGACUCCGACUCCUCUAUUUUUCUACUGUCCGACUCCGACUCCUUCAUAAAUGGCAAAUGUAUAUUAACUAG